AUGGAGCCUACAUCGCCCACUUCACCCAAGGAAGAGCCGGCCUCACAGCACGACUUCGACCAGCGACACGAUGGGCCCUUCGAGGCAGCGCAUAGACCGUCCAUACAGAUUCCCGAAUCGGCGAAAGCACUUCCAUCACGUCCGGGGCCGCCACGAGCAGAUAGACAGGAUUCGAAUAGAUCAUUACCGCUGGCAGACAAGGCUUCAAUGAGCCCGGGUGAUACUGUCACGUCGCCAGCAAGAGGUCGCAAGAGUGUCCAGCUACCACGGCAAGACUCGGAACCAAGGGAAGGAGAUGUUGGGCGAAAGAGUACACAGAUAGCACGAGGGAAUGGCCCCAGGCCUAGUCGUGACUUCGAUGUACGAAGAGACGGACCUUAUGGCAGACCCUCGAUCACGAUGGUGAGGCGGAGAUCUUCUGCGUUUUCACCAACCGGACGACAAUCACUGGAUGUACGAAGACCAUCGGCAACACUCGGUGCACUACAUGGUCCUGCUGCGCCAACGCCAGAAGAGCUCGAGAUGUAUCCCAGCGCGGAGGAGAAUGUUGCAUUCGAGCCACGACCGCCUCCAUUAAACUACAGCCUUUGGGAUAGGAGAUGGUUCAUUGCAUUCUUCUGGGGCAUGAUCUUGAUUGAUGUGAUUGCGCAACCUAUUGCGCUCUACUUCAGCUUGUGGUACUACACCAAUUUGUCACCCAACACCGUCUUCUCGAUCAUCACUGCAGCACUUGGAGGUGUCAGUAUCUUCGAGUACUUCCUGCGAUUCUGGCGGUUGUGGAAGAAAGACAGUACUUGUCGCGUGCUGGGUGCACGACGCUGGUACUUGGACUGGUUUCAUUGGAACUUCUCCGGAGGCUGGAUCAUCGUCAUGAUGGAGCUCAUCGUUGGCUCCGUUCCAGAGGAUCCACCCAUCCGCCUCCUUGCCAUGCCUCUCGCGACUAUGCUCUUCGUCUUCGGCGUGGAAAUGCUCGUCGUCGAUACGAUGCGCUACUUCCAGAUGCCCGCCCCCGUCCGCAUCUCCUCGAUCCCGAAGGGCGCCCAGCUCCGCCCAGCAAUCUACUCACUCAUCGAGGACAUCGUGGCUGUCGACGGCAGCGGCGGUUCGACCUACCGCGAAGCGCUCAACAAGCGCUACGAGUCUAGCCACGUCUUCCGCGCCAUGCUCCGCCGCUUGGGCGCUUUCUGGAUGGUUGGGUGUAACGCCAUGGCUGUAGUCACCACGAUCCUCAUCUUCACGAUCCAACACGAAGCGGCAUACUGUGUAGGCUGGAGCGCGCCAUUUGUAUGGGUGGCAAUCUGGACGGCCAUGACGAUUUGGUAUGUCAAGAGGAAGCUGAGAGAGGAGCAAACGGCAUGGGAAGCAGAGAUUGCCGAAAAGCAGGGCGCCAUUGCAAUGAGUGAGCGCAACAGCGAAAGAAACGUAGUGGAAGGCACCGACGGCUCUGCAGAACCACUCCCUGUGGAUCGCAAAGAGCAUGAGCAGGAGAUUGAGGUCCAGGGAACGAGUACAGCCACCAUUCCUCCACAUGCUACAGCUACGGGUUAG